AUGCCGAAGAACGCCCACCCGCCGCGCGGGAAGCCUGCGAAGAAGACAGUGCCCCCCGAGGAAGACACUUCAUUCAUUGUAUUCGGCGAUGGCAAACCCAAAAAGAAAAAGGGCGAGAGCUCUGGCGGAGAUGGCACACAGAGCGACAGUAAGGGGAAAGGGAAGACAGCGCCUGGUCAGUCCGAGGAUGGGCCAAAGAAGCCGGAUACCAGAACUUUGAUAGCGGGGGCAUCAUGGACUGGUAAAUUGCCCGUCAACCUACUAUCAGAGCACUUCCAGAAGCAACAGUGGAGCAAGCCAGACUACCGCAUUCGCAAAGAUGGCGAUAGACACUUUGCAUAUGCCGUGGUGCUCUCCAAGAUGAACCAGAAGACACGAGAGACUACAACCCUACCACCCAUCAAGAUUCCCCCCGAACUCGAGGAGCAAGCACAUCAGCCAACUGCCGUAGAAGCCCGAAACUUCGCCGCCGCCUAUACCCUCUUCCGCGUCGCCAGCGCGAAGAACCUGCACAUGAUGCUUCCGCCAACAUACAAGGACUUGUGGAAAGGCCAGUUCACAGAACUCAAGAAGAGAGACGAACAGGAAGGAAAGGGUUGGAUGUACGAAGCAGAUCCUUUCUUUGGGUUUGCAGAGCGAGAAAAGGCCAGGGAAUCAGCAGCCAAGGCGCGCGAGAAGAGACAGAAACAGCAAGAAGAGGCACAGAAAGCCCACAAUCAGCAGCCUGGCGCGGCUAUGCCUAGCGCUUCGACGGGUGCCGCACCCAGAAACUUGAUGAAAGGAUGGGAACGCGUGCCGAAGAUCGAGCUGGGCAAGAAGACAAGGAAAGAGGCUGAGCGUCUGAUUCGUCGCGAUGCGGUCUGGAAUCCUAAUGGCGUCGAGAUUGACGCGGCGACGAAGCUGAAGUUGGUCGAUGAAAUCACCGACCUUGGCUUUCGGAGAAGUCACGUCGAAGAGGCUGCUGAGAUCUGCAAAGAUCGGGAAGAGAUUAUCGAGUGGCUCCUCAUCCACGUUCCAGAGGACGAUCUUCCGUCCUGGUCCCUACCAGAAGGUUACGUUGCUGGCGUCAGCAUGGCUAGUUCAAAUCUCAAGCGCGAGGGUGCUGUCAAGCGUCUUGCAGCAGCUGGGUACGCUUUGGAUCUUUGUGAGGAGGCGUAUGACAGCCAAGGUGGAGAUGAGAGGAAAGCCGCCGCUUUGCUGCAAGCUCGCCUCCUCCGACCUGACGAUGAAGACAAUAUUAUCACCCAGGACCUUGUAGAUCUUUCAAUCGUGGAUACCGAUCCCGAAGAUGAUCCGUGGGAGGUGGAAAUGUCAUCACUCGAAGCAAUAUACGAUCGCCUAUUUACACGGCCUGCGCCCGAGUUGUGCCGCAUUGAGCUGGACGUUAAACAGCAAGGCAAGAGGCUCAUCUUACAGGUGAGGAAGCCGUUUGGGCCAUAUCCCGCUGUGGUUCCCAUUAUCACGUUUGAGGCAGCUAUUCCGGCAUAUAUCCGUCUCAGUAUCAUCAGACAGGCGCUACUUCACGCCGAAAGCAACUUCAUUGGCAUGCCUAUGAUAUACGAUAUCGUAGAUUGGAUCCAAACGAAUGCUGGUGAUAUCUUCCAGAACCCAGGAAGACUGACUGAUGUUUCUGCUGGUCUCGCAGCGGCAGAUCACUCAUCCGAGCCACAGAGUCAAAAGCGUAGGGCGAAGGGUGGGCGAGCACGCAGGCCUAUCGACUGGACACCUGCGACACCUCCCAGCCAACGGAUACUAACUGAAUGGCAGGCCAAACAAGGCUCUGCAGCACAGCAAAAGAUGAUGGCUGCUCGACAGUCGUUGCCUGCAUGGAGACUGAGGGAGGAAAUUGUCCACACAGUCAACAACUGCAAGGUCACCAUCAUCUCAGGUGAAACUGGUUCAGGAAAGUCGACCCAGUCGGUACAAUUCGUCUUAGAUGAUCUGAUCCAGCGACAACUCGGAGCUGUUGCAAACAUCAUUUGUACACAACCCCGUAGGAUCUCAGCCCUGGGUCUCGCGGAUCGUGUAGCAGACGAGCGCUGUUCCCAAGUUGGGGAUGAAAUCGGUUACACCAUCCGUGGAGAGUCGAAGCAAAAGCCUGGCGUUACCAAAAUCACUUUUGUUACCACUGGUGUCUUGCUCAGGAGACUUCAAACAUCAGGCGGCAAUGCCGAUGAUGUGGUCGCUGCACUGGCUGAUGUCAGUCACGUUGUUGUCGAUGAAGUGCACGAGCGCAGUCUGGAUACCGACUUUUUGCUUGUUCUGCUUCGCCAGAUUCUACGGACACGCAAGGAUUUGAAAGUCAUUCUCAUGAGCGCAACCCUCGAUGCCGCUGUUUUCGAAGCUUACUUCAAGGAAGUUGGGCCUGUAGGCCGUGUUGAGAUUGAAGGCCGUACACACCCCGUCACAGACUACUAUAUCGACGACAUACUGCAUUUCACUGGGUUCAAGGGCUAUGGCAUGGGUGAGGACGAUGCGACAGAUGAGAAGUCCUUCUCUGCCAACCUCAGGAGUAUCGGAUUCGGAAUCAACUACGACCUCAUUGCAGAAACCGUCCGUUACAUUGAUCGCCAACUCGGAGAGAAGGACGGAGGUAUUCUGAUCUUCUUGCCCGGAACUAUGGAGAUCGAUCGCACGCUCCAAGCACUAAGUCACUUUGUAAACCUCCACGCACUGCCGCUUCACGCGUCGCUUAUGCCAGUGGAGCAGAAGCGUGUUUUCCCUCCUGCGCCGCACGGGAAACGCAAAGUCAUUGCGUGUACCAAUGUAGCUGAGACAUCCAUCACUAUUGAAGAUAUCGUUGCGGUCAUCGAUACGGGCAGAGUCAAGGAGACGAGCUACGACCCGCAGAACAAUAUGGUACGGCUGGCUGAGACGUGGGCUUCGAGGGCUGCAUGUAAGCAACGACGUGGUCGAGCAGGUCGUGUUCGGGCGGGCGACUGCUACAAGAUGUACACACGCAACGCUGAGGCUAAGAUGAUGGAACGACCUGAUCCAGAGAUCCGGCGUGUGCCUCUUGAACAAAUGUGUUUGUCUAUCAAAUCCAUGGGUGUACAAGAUGUAUCAGGCUUCCUUGCGUCGGCCUUGGCACCCCCAGAAAGCACGGCAGUGGAAGGCGCCAUACGGCUACUCUCUCAAAUGGGCGCCAUCACCGACAACGAGCUGACGGCUCUCGGCCGGCACAUGUCCAUGAUACCGGCUGAUCUCCGCCUUGGCAAGCUCCUCGUCUACGGCGCAACAUUCGGAUGUCUCGAUGCCGCUCUAACAAUCGCCUCCGUCCUCACAGCCCGCAGUCCGUUCCUCACGCCCCGCGAACGCGACCAGGAAACCCGCAACGAAUUCGACCGGCUCCGAGCCUCCUUCUCCAACAACCAAGGUGAUCUCCUAGUCGACCUACGCGCCUACGAACAAUGGGCCGCCCAGCGCAGCAAAGGCGCCUCAACCCGCGACCUACGCUUCUGGUGCCAAGAAAACCGUCUCUCACCAAACACGCUCUUCGAUAUCGCAUCCAAUCGCACACAAUACCUAUCUUCCCUCAAGGAAAUUUCCUUCAUACCCACACACUACUCCUCCGCCAAUCCUGCCACGCACAGCACCUACAACAAACACAAUGCCAACGACGCCCUCCUCCGCGCCCUCAUCGCCGGCGCAUUCAACCCUCAAAUUGCCCGCAUCCAAUUGCCCGACAAGAAGUUCGCAGCGGGCAUAGCCGGCGCCGUUGAGCUCGACCCUUCCGCCCGCGAGAUCAAAUAUUUCAACCAAGACAACGGCCGCGUAUUUGUGCAUCCUAGCUCCACGCUCUUCUCCAGCCAAACAUUCCCGCAUAAUGCGUCUUUCGUGGCGUAUUUCAACAAGAUGGCGACGAGUAAGGUGUUUGUGAGGGAUAUCACGCCGUUUAAUGCGUUUAGCUUGUUGUUGUUUGCGGGGCGCAUUCAAGUGGAUACGUUGGGGAGGGGACUGGUGGUGGAUGAGUGGAUUAGGUUGAGGGGGUGGGCGAGGAUCGGGGUGCUGGUAAGUCGGUUGAGGGGUAUGUUGGAUAGUGUGCUGGAGGGUAUGGUGAAGGAACCUGGGAAGGGUGUCGGGAAGAGGGAGGGUGAGGUGGUGGAUGUGGUUAGAUGGUUGGUUGAGAGGGAUGGGCUGGAUGCUUAA